GGUGGAAACUUAAGUGUUAAGUUUAGCUCCCCGUCGCUAUUAAAGUUUUAUUGCGAAACGAAACUGAAUUUAUUGAAAGGAUAACAAAAGCAAAUACAAGCGUAAAUACUUUUUUUCAAUUAAAAUGAAAUUCAUGAACGCAUUUGCUUUACUACUGGUGAUCGUGACUCUGGUGGCUGUUAGUCAGUCCUUACCAGCGAAAAGAUUAGUUUAUUACCAACAGCCCGGUCAUUAUUUUACUAAUGGUCCUCAACGUAUGAUGUACGUUCAGUAUGUUCAACCUUCUCAUACUUUUGCACGCUCCACACAAGCAGCUGAAGCUUUGGUGGCCGGCGAAACUGUCGCCACUGGCACUUAUCUAAAGGAUUGCGAUCAUGCUGAAACUGAUUUAGCUGCUGCCGGUCCUGUGCUUGAUGUCGCUCUUGAAGAAGACUCAAAUUUAGAAGAAGAUAUUUUAUCUGCUGCAGGAGAUCAUGGUGUGCAAUCGGUGGCUGAAGCUUAUCCUGCCGUUAGCAAUGUUGAGGUACCUGUGGAAGUUGAUUUGGUAGCGGAAGAGAAUGAAAUUCCUGGCGAGGGCUCAGAUUCGGCCAAAGCUCCCCGCGAUUUCAAUUAUGAUGGUAAUGGUGAAAAAGUUGAAACAUCCGAGCACACUGCGUCCUCGGCUACAAUCGAAGAAAGUGUGUACACUACGCUACCUGUGACGGCAGAAGAAGUUGAAGUGCCCGCUGUGGAUAUUAAACUAAAAGAAUUACCCCCACCUGCACCUAUUUCGCCUGUGCAAUUACCAACUAAACGCUAUUUACCUUCAAAGAAGAAGGUUUUCGUUGAAUUGGAACAAUCUGCUGAUGUCGGCGAACAAUUGAAAGUAGCAGCUAAAGAAGAUGAUGAUGAUAAAAUAAUCGAUCAGGAUGAGGAAGACGUGGAGGAGGAAGAAAGUGAAGAUGCAAUUGCUGCCGGUAUUCCCAAAUCACCUGCUCGUAUACCAAAUGCUCGGCGCCCGCUAGUUAAGAAACCAGCGAGAGCCUCUGAGAAACCGAAAUCGCCAGCCGGCAGCUUCUUCCCCAUUGACUUUGGUGGCACUUCAGGUGGUGCUAUAGCCAUUGCGAAUGCCUACAGCACCGGUGAAGGAGGCUCUGCUACUAGUCAUGCUAUUGCUUAUGGUUCCCCAGAGGCAUCGCGCACUCGUACGCGUCCUAGCAAAUUACAUUAGAUUUUUUCGACAGGAUUUCGUUUCUUUCUGUUUCCAUAAAAAUUUGACUAUUUUCGACUUUCUUUCCAUUUAACGGGGAAUUAUCGAAAUCUAAUAUAU